UCGCACCCUGCGAGGAGGCUAGCGCUGAUCCAGGUAGAUGAGGCGCAUUCCUCCGGCCCUGAUUCAAUUGUAGUGAGACCGCCGCUCAGCUCUCAGGUGCUACGAGGUGCGCUCUCGUCGCCCCAACACACACACGCGCGCGCGCGCCACUUUUCCUCCGGCCAGUUUUUCCGCAGUGCCCCCACACCCCACAGUGUUUUGCCAGUGGUGACCGCGGACACCACUUUUGCCCAAGUGCCCAUGGAUACGUGCUGCUGGUGCUCGCACGAAAAUGCACCUGAUUUGGAUUAACCCCACUUUGAGGUUGGUGGGCAGGCACCGUGGAUGAUGUAGUUGUGGCGGAAGGAUGCGGCGCGCGAGCAGCGCUGCUGGCACAUCUGCACCUGCCUAUCGGACAGGGGUGCCUGUGGAGCACUGCAGAGCACCCCUGUCCUCCCCUACGCUGCGCUAUGCAGCAGUCAACCUCCUCACCGGACAGCCCCUCCACUUCAUCGUUGAGGCCAAGUCGCGAGUCAAAGAUCUUUUGUCCCAGACGCGAAGACAUCUGGCUGGGAUGGGCAUGCUCGCCUCUGAACUCCUCGGACUCUCAGUUAUGCAAGAUGGUGAAUGGCUCUUCGUAGAUCCUGAAAGCAAAUUAGCCAAGUACGCUUCCAAGCAGUGGAGGUCGCCGACCAACUUCGGUUUGGACGGCGACGGAAAUCCAUCUUUAGUAUUUUCCUUACGGGUGCAAUAUUACGUUGAAUGCCCGUUGCUUCUCAGGGACCCCAUUUCUCGUCUUCACUACUACCUUCAACUUCGGCAGAACCUUCUUCAAGCUGAGCGUAUUUGUCCGCACGAUGAACAGUUGCUGAGGCUGCUGGGCAGUGCUCUGCAAGCUGACCUCGGCGACUACAAAGUCUCAAAGAGCAACGUCUACUUCAACCCCUCUGAUUUUGUUCCUACACAUGCUGUGGAACGCAUGGGAGCCGAGCGGCUGGUGUGCCUCGCCUCCGAAGUGCACCUCUCGUUACGCGGCAUCUCGAUUUCGGAGGCGCAGGUUCGCUUCAUCAAUGAGGCCUGCUCGGCCCAGUCCUCCCUCAACCUGCAACUGCACAGGCUGCAAAGGGUCAAGAAGGAGGCCACCCCAUCUGCCUGGAUUGGGGUGGGCGCCAGAGGCAUUGAAAUAUUUGAGGAAAACCAGGGGGUUGACAAGGAAAUCACCGCGUCGUUCCAGUGGGUCCAAAUAGCCAGGGUGUGCUUCGAUAAAAAGAAAUUCGAGGUGCGUGCCGUGCAGGAUGGCAAGGCGGUUAAGAGGUCUUUUUACACGGGAAGUGCCGAGAGGAGCCGACAACUGCUCCUUUUGUGCAGUUCUGCGCACCAGUUCACCAUUUCCCUGGGGCCACGACUGGCCCAGCUACGCAGGGAACAGGAAGAAGCGGACAGAAAAAGACUUCGGGACUGCAGUUUGGUGCCGAGGAGAAUGACCACGCGCGACAGUGACCUUUUACUUCUGGGCAGCAAGGCGCUCAGAAGUGAACAAAGAGAAUCAGUCAUCAGCAGUGCCUCUUCCAACACAACGUCCGGAAUCGUCUCUGACAGGGUGCUCAGCUUCGAUGAAAGUGAAGAUGACCUGGAGCGGGAAAUCAUGAUCAACUCGCCUCCAGCGCCAGCCGCUGUGAGUUCGGUGGAGUCUCUGGCCUUGGAGCACCUUCAAGACCAGGAAGACCCCACCGACCAAGAAGAGGAGGAAAUCGACGACGUGGUGGACGCCCCAGCUGCUUUGCCGCCGCCCGGAACCCCCGGCGCCACCGAAGGCAGCAGCCAGUGCUCCAGCUCGGGCUCCACCAUCAAACACAACAAGGAGGCCUCCGGGGGCGGCUCCUCCCUCGAACUGGGAUUCAGCCACACGGCCCAGAACUCGCAGUCCGAAACGGCCGCUGCCGAGUCGCUGGACUACUCGGUGACCUCCGCCCAGGCUAGCGCCGGCGCUUACCCCUCGCGCGCCCCCUCCGUCAGCCUCACCCUUGACUCAAACAGUGACUACGUCCAGCUUCCCCCGCUGUCCAUGUCUGACGAGUGUCCGGAGGAGGCGCUCUUUGUCACCAGACCGUCCAUUGGCGUCCUCAACGGCCAUACAGUUCCCGCGCCGAGCAUUGCUGUGCCCAACCUGGCCCAUGUUUCUCUCAAGAAGCAGCAGCCGCUGGUGGUGGCCAGGAAUAAUUAUCUGGACGUCCGGGCCAGCGGCGCCAUGACCACUGUCUACGCCCGGCAGCUCAGCCAAAGUCAAAUCGAGCAGUUCCAGCGCCAGUUGUGCUCCGACGUGGACUACGUAAUUUUCCCGGUUCGAGACCCGGCGAUCAGCAGACAAGAGUACGCCGACCACAAGUUGCUGACACGCCUGCUGCCCCCUCCGUACUGCAGCUCGAAGAGCAGCCUCCUCUACCGAAGUGCCCCGAACGUGCAGGCCUUGGGCGCCACCGUGCGGCCACCUUCCUUCCAGUACGGACAAAGCAACUUGGCGGCGUUGCGCUGCUUCUCGACGCACAGCCUCACCAGGGCCAACUUCGAGAAUCCUCCUCCUCCAGCCAGAGCAGCGUCUGACGACAACCUGCUCUCACCACAAGCCCCGCCACGACCGCCUCCGAGGCCGCCUCCGAUGACCUCCAGGGUGGUCCUUCCGUCCAGACCGCCACGAUUCCCGCCAACUCAUCAAAGUGCUGCGUCUCCCCCACCAUUGCCUUCAGUGCCUUCGAUAUACCCGAAACUCUCAGUCAGCACCCCAAGGGUCUCUACGUCUCCACCCCCAGUGCCACCCCACACCUCAAAUUCAUCCCCUGCCCUAAUGACAGCUACCGGUUCCUCAUCGAGUUCAACUCCGAUCCUCAAAGCCAAAGAGACCGGAAGUGUUCUGGACAUCCGGACGCUUCGGGAAAAAAGCAAAAACUUAGAUCUGCCUCUCAUCCAGGCUCUUUGCAAUGACAGGUCUCUGUUGCGACAAACCAGAGGGGAGAACAAGAAGAAGACGGCCCACCAUGCCAUUUCGAGAAACAAGUUGUACCCCAGGGGUCAAAUUGGUGCUGGUGGCAGCGGCAAGACAAGGCAAACGGCCCACACACACCCCACACAAGUGAUCGCCACUCCGAAAAAGAGCGCCAAAGGUGCGACCGAGAGUGCCGUUGCCGUCGACCUGAAGGCGAAUUGAGUGAGGACUUUUCAAUUCAAACUUAAGCCUCAAGUGUCUCUACAAUUAAAUCAACGUUUGCUCAACUCGACUUUACCAACCAACCACGAAUCAAAGUUAUCGGAUGGAUUUUCAAAACAUUUUCUGUUUGUUGCCAGUGUGGAGAGUUUCAGUUUUAAACUUCAGGAAUUAUUUAAGUCGUAAUUUUACCUAAUGACGAGGAAGAAGGAAAAGCCCCAACCAAGUUCAAAUUUUGACCUGAAAACUCUUUCUAUUUUUUUUUAUAUUUUUAUUUAAAAAUUAUAAGCUGAAUGCAAUGGUGCUAUGAUUUUCUAUGUUAAGUUCGAACCGCCAAUUUUUAUAACAAUUCACCAGUUACAAACCAAGGUUAAGUGAUUAAUUGAUAAAUAAAUAUUUCUGCGUUUGUGUACCAACCCACCGAGUCCAGAUGCACUCCCACAAGCUGAACCACUUUUUGUAAACUAAUUGUUACGCUCACUUCAUCCUUUACAUUUCAACCACUUUUUAACAAAUGAUCCAGUAAGUACACGCACACAUCAAUAAAUAAUGUAUUUAUUAAUUACCACAAACUAUAUAGGAGAUGAAAUCUCGCAAUUCGAGUGCAUGUUGAGUUUUUUUUUAAGAUUUGUGCCACACAUUUUUAGAAGAAAAGGUAAUUGUUUUGUGUUCAAAAAAAUAGGAAUUUUUCGACAAAAUUAAUUAAAAUUUAAUUGUGUAAAUAUAACUUUAAUAAUGGAAUGAAAAGAGAAUUAAAGUUAUUGAUCGAAUAAUAUAUUCAUAUCGUAAAGUGUGAUAAUAAAAAUAUUACGGAAUAAGUAAAGAACAGUAAUUAAGAAGCUUUGAAAAAGCACACUUGUAUAAAAAAAAAAACGACCGAGGUCUGUACUUUUUUUUCAAAAUUUGUUUAUUUGGGACGAUUAUUUGCUAAAACGUGCUUUUAUUUAUUCUCAGGGUGCCAUUUCCCUCUUUCAGAUUUAUCUCCGGAUUUUUCCUUCCACAAGAAUUAUAAUAAUCAAGUCACUAAUUGUUGCUCAAGUGUAUUACUUUGCCUUUUGUAUUUUAUUGAAGUAUUUCUCUACUAACAUGAAUGGUGUGAUGACUUAAAUCACUAAACUCUAUAGACAAAAUAUAUUGCGCAAAAAUCACCUGUGCUGCAAGACUCGCAUACACGGUCGGAUUUCAAAUUGAAACAGAUUUGUGCGUCCGAGCCUUGAAUAAUAAGUUCAAUAAUUAAAUUGUUUGUUAGAGGUAAACAAAAAUUACUUGGCGUGUCAUUUGUUGAUUUUUUCGCUAUUUUUAAUUAUUAUUUCAAAAUGAAUUUGUGAAAUUGUUUGUACUGAAAGGAGUGUUGUAAGUGUUUUUGUAAAAAAAAUUGUACAUAAUAAAAAAUUUUAAUACAAUACGCAAAUA